CAUACGUGAUUGUGGAAAUGUUUAUUGUUUAUUUUGUAUGGGAAUAAUAAUUUGUUAUUCAUGCUGCAUUAUCAAAAUCAAUUGAAGGUUAGUUUAAAGAAAGUGGACGUGCUUGACGGGAUAUCAUACAUACGUGAUUAUGGAAUAGUUUAAUUGUUUUUGACGUCGUGAAUGUGAUGAUUUUUCUGUACAAUUUUGUCAUAAUGGCACUAAUGCCGAUUCAUAUCAUGCUGGUAUGAGUGAUUUAGCAAGAAUACAAGUACAAACAAGAUGGAAAUUUGAUGAUGUUAAAAUUGUAUGUGCAACAAUUGUAUUUGGUAUGGGAGUAGAUAAUUUGUUAUUCAUGCUGCAUUAUCAAAUUAAGUUACUCUGAUGUUCAUAGACAUCGUUUAAUGACAGAAUUAAAUAGACCACCACUAUCAGUUUUACAAACACAUAUGGAUCAUUUUAUGAAAAAAAAAUAGAUUGUCGUAGAACACAACAGCUUAAGUAUUCUGAAAUUCAUAUAACUUAUGUGGCUGAAGCAAUUAUAACAGUUGUUACAAAAAUAUUUAUAAACUUUGGGUAAUGUCAAGACCUAAAAAAAAACAAUUUUUGUGAUGCUAAUGAUGUAAAAAUUAUUUGUUUUGAAAAACUCAGAUGAUUCCUCAGUUUCUCCUAAAAAACUUGAAUUACUUUCAAGUACAAUUUAUGUUAUUGAUGACUCAAUGGAUCAGUCAGCUGUACUUGUUGGUGAAAUAAAAGUUGACAGUGAAAAAGAAAAUUUAAUAUCACCAAUGGACGAACCAGUGUAUCAUAGAAUAAGGCAUAUUAGUGAUUCAUCAUCUGACAGUGAUGACUUAUUAACUACAUACAAAAUAGAAUCAUCACAAAAAUUAAAAACAGACAAUUUAAAAAAAGAAAAGAAAAUGUGAUAAUGACAGUUCUAGUCCAAAAAAAUUAUUAAUUCACAAGAACAUAAAAUACAAAUAAAAAAGUCAACAAAAUUUCUGUCAGAUUCAUCAGAUGAUGAUUUUGAAAAACGUAUUAAUAAAGAAGAAUGUAUUCUAAAAAGAGUACAGAUAAAUGACAACGACCUGAUUUUAAAGUUAAUUUACAACGACUUAAACUUGAUAAUACACUAUCAUCUUGGAUCAAAAAAUUGAUCAAACAACAAUGGCUAAAAAAAUUAAUAGUUUAUGGGAAAAAAAACAAAGUGAAUCAUCAAUUAUCAAAUCACCUACACCAACAAAAAAAAUUUCAUCUCCAUCAGUUAAAACGCAAGUAAUAAAUAACAUUUCAAGACCAUUAUUUACUUUGCAAUUUAAUAAAUUUGAUACAUCAAAAAAAAAUGACAAGUAUCAAAUUGAAAUAAGUCCAGAGUCAACUAUGAUUGAAUUUGAUUCAAAACCUGAAGUUGAGGCAAACGAAAGUGUUAAUUUCAAGUAUGAAGAUAUGUUUGACAACGAUGAUGAUUUUUUUAUAAAAGAAUUCCAGUAUUUGGCAAUAAUCUUCAGUUGAACAAUCAAGUUCUCACGUAUCGGUUAAAUCAAAUGGUUCAAAGUCAAAUUAUUUUGAAAUGGGAAAUUUUACUGGUGAUGUUAUUAGAAAAUGAUAGUUUAGAUUACAAUCAUUCACUAAAAAUGUUAAAAUUAUUUCAUAGAAUAUUUGGUCUUUAUAAUAUUUAUGUGUACACCAGGCAGACAAGGCAGUGUCAGCCAUUAUUGCAAUAAUUCUCGUGGAUUCAUAACUCUCGAAUUACCAAUGCGUUGUGAGUGUAGAUAUCCUGAAAUUUAUUAUACAUCUUAAUGAAAAAAUGAUCACAAAUUAAUAAUACAUCAAUUGUGUUAGAUUAUUCAAUAAAACAAUUAACAGUAUUAAGAAAAUUAUUAUACUUUUAAAAUUAUUAACUUUAUUAAAUAAUUAUUGGAAUAAACGUGAUAUUAAUAAAAAAUUUUGUUAUGUUAUAUUUGUAACACGUCGUUUUAAAACAAAUGUAUUGUAUCACAUCUUAAAAGAUAUAAAAGAUACAAAUGAUAAAUUUAAUCUUCUUGAACCAGAUUAUAUUGUUGGUUAUUCAAAAAACCCAUAUAAAAAUUCAACAGAAUCAAUGUGUAUUGCUAAAUCGAAUAAAGAAACAUUAAUACGUUUUCGUUAAGGUAUAACAAAUCGUUUAAUUGCAACUGAUGUUGCUGAUGAAGAUAUUGAUAUAUCAUCAUGUUCAUUAAUAAUACGUUCUUAAAUACAUUUAGAAAAACCAAUAUUUAAAAAAAAUUAUUACAUUUGAAAGGGCACAUGACAGUCAAAGUGGAGCUAUUAUAUUAGUUUUAAUUGAAAAAUUAAUUGACUCAUCAGAUUUAACAUUAUCAAAAAUAAUAAAUAAAAUAAUAAUUAAAAAAAUUGAAUAUUUAUCAUCAUCAAAUCGUGAUAUCGUAUUACAACAAUUGACAAAAAAUAAUAUAAUAUAAAUAUAAUGAAAAUUUUAGAGUGUAAAAAAAUUGAAAAAAACAAUUUAAUAUUAAUUAAAAUGAUUAAUAAUUUAGCAGCAACAUUUUAUGAUAUAUCACUAAUCGAAUUACAAUUAAAUGUUAAUAUUUUUAUUAAUCAUAGUGAAUUAACAUUAACACCAAGUGAAUUUGAUAAAUUAAAAAAUUUUCAUUGAAUAUUAUUAAACAAUAUCAGCCAACACAUAUGCAACAAUGAAUCAUCAUUAUAAUUCAAAUUUGAAUUCAAAUUCAAUGGAAAUAUGUACAUCAUCAGGAGUAGAAGGAGGAGCACCAUCAUCACUUACUUUUAGUAAUAUUAUUGAAGGAGAUUGGCAAAUUGUUACACCAAAAUAUCGUUCAUUAUAAGAAGUAUAUAUUGUUAUGAAAGUAGGCCAUGAAAUGAAUCCGAUGUCACCAUUUUCAACAGAUAUGCCAAAUUAUUCAGAAUAUUAUAAAGAAAAACAUAAAGUUAUUUAAAGCAACAGAUAUGAAACAAAUUGACAAGAUUAUGAUGUCCUUUAAUACCAAAAACUCUAAAAGUAGUACGUAAAAAAAUUCUUUUAAAAGCAAAUACUAUUCAUGAUGAUACUAUUGUUGGAUCAUCAAAUGGUACAGAUACAGAAGAUGAAGCUGCACCAAUUAGAUCAAGACGUGCUGCAUUUUAAAAAGCAACAGCAACUAUUAAAAAACAACAAUCUACAACACUAAAUAGAUUAGAUUUGACAAAUGAAAAAAUAUUAGCUAAAAUAAAAAAAAGAAUACCACCAAUUAAAGAAUCACAUUUACAAAUACACCAAACAAUGGCUAAAAAAAUAAAUAGUUUAUGGGAAAAAAGACAAAGUGAAUUAUCAAUUAUCAAAUCAUCUACACCAACAAAAAAAAAUCCAUCCAAUAAAUGUAAUACAUCAAACAAAAAUGACAAGUAUCAAAAAAGUUUUGAUAGUUAUGAAAAAAGUCCAGACUCAACUAUGACUGAAUUCGAUUUAACACUCUCUGUGUGGACACUUGUAACAGUUGUAACUAAUUGUAUGGAAUUAGCAUAUAGAACAUUUGCAAGCGCCACCAGUGGAAAAAACUCCUAAAUUGUAACUUUUAUUUUGUUAAAUACAUUUAGUGCUGGUUGCACGUUUAAAAAUAAUAAAUGAACAUCAAGCUUCGAGUAAGUGUAAACUUAAUAUAAAACAAAAAUGUCAUGCUGGUAUUAUGACAAAAAGAAGUUGAGGCGUACACCAUCAAUUCAAGAUGGUAUUGAUUAUGAGACUGAGUGUAGAUACAGAAAUGAAGGUGCUAGAUUUAUCAUUGAUACUGGAUCAAAAAUGGAUCUUGGUUAUAACACGAUAGCAACUGAAGCUGUAUUUUUUCACCGGUUUUAUAUGUUUCAUUCUUUUCGACAAUUUCCACGUUACGUAACAGCUUGUGUUUGUUUAUUUCUUGCUGGUAAAGUUGAAGAAACUCCUAAAAAAUGUAAAGACAUAAUUGAAGUAGCUAAAAGUCAAUUAGCUGAUCGAAAGUUUGCAACAUUUGGUGAAGAUCCAAAAAAAAAAUGUAUGAUAUUAGAAAAAAUUUUACUUCAAACAAUAAAUUUUGUAUUAGAAUAUGCCAAAUGUUUAAAAGGUGACAAAAAUAAAUUACAAAAAAUGGUUCAAAUGGCCUGGACAUUUGCCAAUGACAGUUUAUGUACAACACUGUGUUUACAAUGGGAACCAGAAAUAAUUGCUGUUGCAUUACUUUAUCUUUUUUGUAAAUUGAGAAAAUUUGAAGUCGUUGAUUGGAAUGGAAAACAACCAAAUCAUUUACACUGGUGGGAUAUGUUUGUUGAAGAUUUAACAAGGGAUUUACUUAAGGAUAUAUGUCAUGAAGUACAAAAUUUUUAUCCAGCAUCAAAUCAAGCAAAACCACAAAAUUCAACAUCAUUAAUAUCAGCAAGUCAAGAUAGAUGUUAUCUAUGGGUAAUUAUUCCAUACAUAGAAACACUCAAGGGCCAACAAAAGUAGUCCUGUUUUACCGGUAAAGUACCGGUUUCUACAUGGAAAAAAUUUGGCUAUUAUUAUUCUACUUUACCCGUAAAACAAGAUUACUAUUGUUGCAAGAUACAUUUGUUAUCAUAAAUUAAAAAGCGAUCGUCAAAUAAAUGAAUUUGAUUUAUUUAUUAUAUUUAUAAACGGUGACAUUUUUUUAUAUAAACCAUGAACUUUGUAUAAAAGGCUUCAUCUAAGGAACCCAGCCGUGUAUAUUACUGGAACUUACGCGGUAUAUUACACGCGUAAUUUUACAAUUUACACGGUUAUCUUACAAACUCUCUGUUUAUGGUUUACAUGAAAACUGUCGCCUUACUUUUUGGCCGGGUACACCUUAUUAUACAUGUCAACAUGUGUUUCUAGUUGCCAGUUGGUUGCCAUGUGUUGUCAGUUGUUUAAAAAAAAAAAAAGACGAGCAAAAAAAAUUAUUAAAAAUUGUUAAAAAUAAAAUAUCAUUCAUUCAGUUGAAUGCAGUUGAAUUACACUGAUAAAAAUAUAUUCAAAAAAUAGAAAAUGUCAAUCAAUUCAGAACUAAUAUCAUCAGAGUUGGCAAUUAAAAUUGAAAAUUAUGAUUCAUUGUCUACACAGGCUUAAGAAUCUAUUAAAAAAUAUACAUUUGAGGUAAUACGAAAUGUCGAAAAUCAAGCUGAAAAAAAUGAUUUUUAAACAAAUUAAAAUCAACAUAUGCCAAAGUUAAAGAUCAAAUUUUGAUUAAAAAAAUCGUUGAAAAGCAAGUUAAAGUAAAUAUUGAUAAACUGGAAAGACAAAAGAAAAUUAUGGAACAAGAACAUGAACAAAUGGUGAUUAAUAUGAACCAAAGCUCCAUUCAAUAUUGGGUAAAUAAAAAAAUGUUGGCAAUUCAUUUUAAAUAUCGUGAUGUCAUUAACCAUGUUGAUUCAUUGGAGAAAAACAAAAAUUUACCAAAUAAUAAUGAUAAAAAAAAACAAUCAAAAAAAUCGUGGAGGUUACCAAUUACACGAAAGAAAACAACACUAUGCUUAUGACUGGUCUAACCAAAAAAAACCACGUCAAGAUGAUGGCCAUAGAAAUUAAAUGAUAAAUCAUCAUCAAGUUAUAUUUCUAUAUUUUAUUUAACUAUAAAUAUAAUAAUUUCAUAAAAUAUUAAUAAUACUAAACAUAUAAUAAAUCAACAAAAUCUAAAUAAUUAUAUACUUGGUUGUGAGCCAGAAUAUGGGUCAGAUGAUCAACACCAACUCAUCCAAUUCCACAUUAGACAUUAUCAAGUGUUAAAAAACAUCAUCUAGAUAUGCAACAAAAUGUACCAAUGAAUAUUGUAGUAGGAUUUUUUGGUUUCAAAAUGUGUACACCUGAUUUAUCAGAAUCGUUGGUUUGUAUUAAAAAAGAUAAACU